GGAGGGGCGCGUGCACUGUGCUGACGAGACGUUGCUUGUGGAAACAGCUGGUGGUUUCUGUCAGCCAACUGCAAGGAUUGAAAGCAGCAUUGCCGCGAAUAAAAGUUAAAAUUAGAGUCGAACCGGGGUGGGUUCGCUUCGAACAGAGCCUGUGCUCCUGCUCCGACCGACACCGGGCCAUGUCAUCCGGUCAGCGCCACUUUAUCAGCCGACUUUUAGCUAGUUGUUAGCGGCGGAGCAGCUCCAGCCGACGCUCCUCACUGCAGCCGGCUAACGUCAGCUCGUUCCUUGUCACUGCUUCGGCGCAGCCCGACAGUUCAGAGCCAGGCUUUUAUUGAUUUAUUUCUUCUUUUUUUAAUUUUAAAUAUGACUCAUAUUCAUUAUAAAUUCUCGUCCAAACUAAGCUACGACACGGUGGUGUUCGACGGCCCGCACACCACGCUCAGUGACCUGAAGAGGCAGAUUAUGAGCAGGGAGAAGCUCAAAGCUGGAGACUGCGACCUGCAGAUCACAAACGCACAAACCAAAGAAGAGUACACGGACGACGAAGGCCUGAUCCCCAAAGGCUCCUCUGUCAUCGUUAGGAGACUCCCCACCGCUGGAGGCAAGUCCAGCUCGAGUAGCAAGACCAACAAGACUGAGCGGUCAGAUUUCCACUUUCCUCACGUCUUCGGAGUCAGCAGAGCAAUGAGUGAGCAGAGUUCGACCAAAGCCUUGUCAUUUUUCUCCAAGAUGCAGAUGGCUAACUUGGUUGACGCAGAUGUGUCUGAGGAGGAUAAGAUCAGAGUGAUGAUUAAUCAGUCUUCUCUGAACUUGAACACAAAGUUUGCCACUACCCUGUCAGAGAACUACACCUGCUAUCGCUGUGGAAAUACUGGACACCACAUCAGGAACUGUCCAACCUCUGGGGACAAAAACUUUGAGGGUCCUCCGAAGAUCAAGAAGAGCACAGGAAUUCCUCGCUCCUUCAUGGUUGAAGUGGACGAUCCCAACAUUAAAGGAGUCAUGUUGACCAACUCUGGACGUUACGCGAUUCCUGCUAUAGACGCGGAGGCGUAUGCUGUUGGGAAGAAGGAGAAACCUCCUUUUGUCCCACAAGCGGUGCCUAAACCUGAAGUUGAGGAGGAGCCCAUCCCCGAUGAACUCCUCUGCCUGAUCUGUCACGACCUGCUGGGCGACGCCGUGGUCAUACCCUGCUGUGGAAACAGCUACUGUGACGAAUGUAUCCGCACAGCCUUGUUGGAUUCUGAGGACCAUGUCUGCCCCACGUGUGGCCAAUCAGACGUCUCCCCAGAUACUCUGAUAGCCAAUAAAUUUCUUAGACAGACUGUUAACAACUUUAAAAAAGAACAAGGCGUCGCCAAACGUGUGGGGAAAAGCAGUGUCGCCUCCACUUCCAAGACUUUAAGUCCAGCACCGACUCCUGCCCCCACUCCUCCGACUCCUGCCCCCACUCCUGCCCCUGUCAGUGUGCAGAUCCAGCUCAGCAAGCCUCUCCAGCCCCCCUGCGGCCAGAAGGACUCUCUUCAGAGUCCUUCAAAGGGUGCAGAACCGACAACAGUAUCUGAAGGCCCAGAUGUUCCCCCUGAAGCAACUCAACCUGCCUCUGCUGAGAACUCGUCCAACUCGUCUCCACAGCUCGUUGAAAGCCAAGCAUUAAUAUCCAACAAUGAGGAUGAAGAAAAAAUGGACGACUCCACUGCUGUGGCUCCAGUUCUGUCAGUUUCCGACAAAGAUCCCAGUGAAGCUCCAAAGCAGCUGGAACCACAGGUAAGAGCAUGCACACACUAAAACCAGACCCACACCAUUCACAGUGUGUGUAAUUCAUUGACGGUCGUGUCUGUUCAGGUGAACGGCACUGAAGAGACCGAGCAGCUUCAGACAGUCUCUGUGAAUCAGAGUGUCUUGUCCUCGGAUUCCUCUUUAGAACUGACUUCGUCCUCAAACUCCCAGGAGAGGUUCGUCUGCCUCAGUGCCUGCCCCUCCUCCUCUGCACCUCCCCCUGGAGGCUUGACUGAACCUAGCACUGAGCAGCAUCCAACCACCACGUCCUCCUCAUCUUCCUCUUCAUUCUCAACCACACCGUCGCCUCUCUUUGCCUCCCCCCCUCCUCACGCUUUCGUCCCAUCUCACCAGCCUCACAGCAGUUACUCUCCUGGAUACCAACAAACCACGCCCACCUGGAAGCUUCCAACCCCCCAGGGUGCCCCCAUCCCAUCCCUCUGCUCCUCCACCUGCACACCCUCAAUCCCUGUCCUAAUUCCCAAGGAGUGGCACAGAUCUCAGAGAGAGAAAACAGAAAGCUCACCUCACAGGCACUCCUCUUCACAUCCAAAGUUCUCCAAAUCCAAGUCUUCCCGCUCCUACUCUCGAUCACACAGUCGCUCUGCUUCUCGCUCCCGCUCCAGAUCGAGGCCGUGCUCUCCUGUCUCCGGUCCCAGAAACUUUCACUCCAGCUCCACCCCUUCCUGUUCUUACGGUUACAAACGGCCCAGCUCCCAUACAUCAUCCUCUUCGCCGCGGGGUGGUCGCUCCCAAUCCAAGUCGUCCUCGCAUCGUGACGAGAGCCGCCAUCACAGCAGGAGGUCGUCUUCGAGCAGCCGCAGCUCAAAGAGACGCAGAGAAGCGGGAGACUUGUCGUACGCAGCUGACGCAAGCAGCCUGGAGCUGGAAAGGCAAAGCUACCUGCAGUGGAGGGAGGCGUACCAAGAGUGGUACGACAAUUUUUACAGCAACUUCAUCAAACAGUUCCACCAGCUGCCACCUCCUCCGCCUCCUCCAUGUCCUCAAGACUCUUUCUGCCCACUGCAAAGUCGACGCACAGCCAGCCCCUCUUCAUCGGAGGCCUCUAGUUAUGGCCGCUCCCCUCACUCUCAGUCCUCAAGUGACGCCCGCUCCGUAGCAUCUGACCCCUCCGUUGACAGCUGCUUGUCAGAUAAAGCCAACGACAGAUUGCCGUCUCGUCACUCCACGCCAACAGAAGACCCAACUCAGACCAGGGAGACUUCAGAAAACUGCACGGAAACGUCCCGGUCAGGCACAGUGACGAAGAGAAGCGGGGAGGCCAACUCACAAGCCAUAAAAUCCAACACCAAUCAACAAACGGUAAAAAAUGCUGAUAAGUCCAGCCACUCAAAUCACGAGCAACAGAAGAAGAAACGUGAACGAGAAAGAACUUCUGCUUCACUGGGCUCUAAACGUGACCUCCGACAGGAUAAGAGGUGCAACACUGAACCAAAGGCCAGCGACGAGGGUCAUCCAGGACCACACAAAGCUACCCAAUCAGUCCACAAACCUCUGAAAACAGACAAACCUUUGGAUAAAGAGUGUAAAAGAAAGGAUAAAGAGGAGAGUCAUUUGAAAAACAAGCAAAGAAGUAGGAGGAGUCAAGACUCCGAGUCGAGACAAGACAAGCUGAGAAAAGACAAAUUAAAUCCCAGUAAGGGUCCAGACACCACUGCCUCAGAAAGAGAAUGGCAGCCUGGAGACGGUGAAGGUUCAGGCUCAAGACCAGAAGUGAACAGAAAGAGAAGAUGGGAAGAUAAAAGCAAAAAUGAGAGGGAAAGUAAUCUCAGUGUUGUGUCUAAAAGCAGAAAAUGCCCAAUAACUGAACCUGCUGAACCUCCAAGCUGUGACAGUAAAUGUCUGAAGCUGUCGGACAGAAAAAAGCCUAAACCAGACAAAAAGAGUGAAAGUUUGGCUCAGACGAACAUAUGGGAGGGAGGGAUGAAGGUGAUUCCUCAGAAAAAGAUAAGUAUCAACAUCAACCUGGAUGGGAAAAGGUUGGAUGAGAAAACUGGACAAAUAAACCUGUUUAAUUCAGAGAUUCAGACACAAACCAGAGUUCAAACUGGUGUUACAGACGGUACCCACACAGAAGCCAGUAAAAAGGAGGAGUCAAGUCCGGCAAAUUUAGCGAAAGAAACUGCUGUCCAGCACGAGAUUUCCAGCAAAGCUACAAUUAGAGAUGACAAACAGGAGAAAGCAGAAGAAAAGAGAGAAGCAGAGAACAAAGAAACGGAGGAUUUGGACCUGUGGCACUGUGCGCUCACGUGUGUAGAGGACGAGAGCCUGACGGGGACAGAAGCAGCACAAGACGACUGCAGGGACAAAGUUGCCUCGUCGCAGAAAGAAGGAAGCGCACGUAGAGAAAGCCGAGGUGAAGCACGGCGGGAGGAGGAGAUGACGGCGAAGCAUCGAAGAAAGCCCACAAACCUUCACGGUGGACAGCACAGCACGUCAAAAGAGGACAGCACCUCUGUGAGGAGCAGCUGUGGAGCUGGAGGGGGUCAGAAGAAGAAGACGGGGGUGAGAACACAAGAAGAAAGCUCCCAGGAAGCUGAGGUCACCCAGAACCCACCUGGACAGGUGUCUCGCUGCAGAUGGGAGAACAGUGGAAAGAAGCAAAGCCAGAUGGAGAUCUUGAACUCGGCAGCUCUCCCACAGCCGUCUGUGACUGUGAGCGGCUGUGAAACGACGCAGAGCAGUGAACAGAGACAAAGAUCCACAGAGCGAAGGAGAGACGGGGACAGAGGGACAAGAGGCAGAGACCAGGAGAAAGAGACUCACUCAGCUUUGUCCAACUUGGGUGUGGAUCCCUCUGGUGGCGCAAAGAGGGACGAGGAGACGAGGCCCAGUGACCGGGAGAGAACACGAGAGAGCGAGAAUCAAAAAGAGAGGAAAAGACUGAAGCAAGGAGGAAGAGAGGACGAGUGGAGGAGAGACGAGCCGUCAGUGCAAAAGAGAUACCAGCCCUCCUCUUCCUCAGUGCUGCACAGCACAGAGAGGAGAGAGCGGCUGCAGGGCGGCAGCAUCAUGAGCUGGAAACCUUUGAGCAGCAGAUGCAUGUACUCAUCAGACCAGUACUGUUUCAAAACCAACAUGGGCAAAAAGAACAGUUACUAUUCGCACCACCAUCACCAGCCUCCAUCAAACUACAGAGAGAAGAGCAGACCUGAGCACUCCCCACCUUCACCAUACUAUAAUCACUGUGAGGACCAAGACCUGCUCCUCUUUGAACCCAUUGAAAACUUCCAGAAAGGCUUCCCUGGUGGGGGGUCGAUGCCAAACAGAAGUAGAAAUGAGAGCAAGGCACAUAGAGGAGAGCAGAGGUCCGAGAAGACUCCGAGAGGGGGGAGAGAAACUCCAGAGUUUGGGGAUGGCAGCGGAGGAGGAGGAAGGCAGAAGGAAGAGAAGGCUCGUAAACUGGAGGAGAGGCGGAGGUCCAGCAGCGACAGCGUGCGCUCCUCGUCGAGCCACAUGAACGACCGAGAGGACCGGAGAGACAGAGGAAGGGAGAAACGGACGAAGCUGCAGGAAGUGACCGCAUGA